AUGUUACCCAUUAUCUUCUCUGCCUUUACCCUGACCGCUUGCUGUUUAACCAAAGGAAGCUGCAUCUCCUAUGAUGAGCUGAAAGAGCUGAAGACUGAAUUUGCCAUCAAUCUCUACCAGCAUGUAUCUGAAGCAGAGAACAGAACCAAUCUGGUAGUGUCUCCAGCAAGCGUGGCUGUUUCUUUGGAGCUGCUGCAGUUUGGUGCUCAAGGAAAUACCUUUACAGAGCUUCAGGAUGCCCUAGGAUACAACAUUCAUGAUCCAAGCGUGCAGGACUUUUUGCAAGCGGUGUAUGAAGGAGCAGCUGACUCCAGCAGAGGCAGGUUGGUGCAGCUGGCCUGUUCCUUCUUCGUGGAUGCCGGCGUGGAGCUCUCGCCCGUCUUUGCUGCACAUGCUGCGCGCUGGGCAAACAGCAGCCUGCAGCAAACCAACCACACUGACCCUAACAGAACCACGGCUCAAAGAUGGGAAUGGCCUACUGCUGCCCUGGGAGAUGGGGACAUGCGAGACAUGCUGUCAGAGAGCACCCAGCUGCCACUCAGCCAAGUCACCCUGGUGAGCACCAUGUACUUCAAAAGCACGUGGCAAAAGAAGUUUUCCUUUAUGGAUACUCAGAUGUUGCCUUUUACCACAGCGGAGGGCUCAACCCUGAAAGUGCCCACAAUGCAUCACACAGCUGAAGUUAACUAUGGCCAGUUCCAGACUGCAGCUCUGGAGGACUUCAGCGUAGUGGAGUUACCCUACCUGGGGGAGAAAGUCAGCAUGUUCCUACUGCUUCCCAGUCACAAAAGAACAUCUUUGUCCCAGAUUGAGUCCCACCUUUCUGCCAAAACGAUAACUCUCUGGGCCAAUAGCUUAAAGAGAACAAAGAUGGACAUUUUUCUACCUAGGUUCAGUAUUCAAAGCCUUUUUGACCUAAAGACAGUUUUUUCUGCCUUGGGAAUUAGAGAUGCAUUUGAUCCCAUGACUGCUAAUUUUAAAGGCAUUUCAGAGCAAGACAGUCUUUACAUUUCAGAAGCUAUCCACAAAGCAGAAAUUGAAAUAACAGAAGAUGGUACAAAGGCAUCAGGAGCUACAGCAAUGGUACUGCUAAAAAGAUCUCGAACGCCUAUUUUCAAAGCAGACAGACCUUUCACAUUUUUCCUGAGAGAAGCUAAUACAGGCUUGGUGCUCUUUAUAGGAAGAGUUACAAACCCUUCAUAA